AUGCGUGUUCUCGUGUGCGUGUUACUCGUGGUGGCCUUUGCCGGGCAAGAUGUUUUAGGACAGUGUGAUUAUAAUUCACCGUACCGUACGUUCGACGGCACCUGCAACAAUUUGCAGAACCCCUCCUGGGGUUCGGCCAACACAGCAUACGGACGAUUGAUUUCCCCAGAGUAUGGAGAUGGUUUAUCAACGCCUCGUCGAUCGAAAACUGGAGUAGAUCUUCCCAGUGCUCGACUGCUUUCGUUGUCGUUGUUCACAGAACCAAACAUACUUGAUUCCCGGAUGUCAUUGCUGAACAUGCAAUUUGGUCAAUUUGUGGCCCAUGAUAUGGGACUAAGAGCUGGGGGUUCCGAUCCUAUUCCCUGCUGUCAAAAUGGCAGGGUCGUCCCAUCUCCUGACAAACGAUGCUUUCCUAUUUCGGUACAUUCUAACGACUCCAUUUUAUCGGCCGGUGGAACUCAAUGCUUGGAUUUAGUGCGCACUUUGAACACCUGCGAUAUGAAUCCAGCGACUUGUACUAACCAACAAGCACAACAAUUGAAUGCUGCCACAUCUUUCUUGGAUUUAUCUGUCGUCUACGGAAACAGCAUGAUGUUUAGCUCGAUGAUGCGAUCUUACUUUGAUGGUCGAAUGAGAGUUGAAUAUCGCAAUGGAACUGAGUGGCCGCCGAAAAAUUUUAUGGGCACAUGUUCUCAAAGUUCUCAAAGUUCUACUGGUUCAUCUUAUUCUAACUCUUGCUUCAUGACCGGUGACGAUCGUAGCAGCAUUACACCGCAACUGACGAUCUUGCAUAUAGCUUUUAUGAGAGAACACAACAGAAUCGCACGACAGCUGCAACUGUCGCAUUCUCUAUGGGACGAUGAAAAAAUCUUCCAAGAGGCUCGGCGCAUUAACAUUGCACAGUAUCAGCACAUUGUCUACUAUGAAUGGCUCCCAUACUUUCUCAAUGGGGACCUCAUGAAGCAGCGUGGUAUGAUUGGACAGAUGCGGGAUUUCGUCAACGAUUACAAUCCGAAUGUCAAUCCCACUGUACUGAACGCCCAUGCGAACGGUGCUUUCAGAUAUUUCCAUUCCUCUAUUGUUGGAAAUCUACACUUCUUUCAAGAGUCACGAGCAUUCAGCGGCUCGAUUAAUAUCAACGAGCACAUGUUCAAUCCAUCGGUGUUGGAGCAAAAUGACGGUUAUGCAACGUUGACUCGAGGCAUGGCCACGCAACCGAUGGGCCAAAAUGAUUGGAACUAUGAUCCUGAAAUCCGACACUAUCUCUUUAGUACCUCAAUGCGUAAAGGAACUGAUUUGAAAGCAAUAGAUAUUCAGCGAAGUCGAGACCAUGGAAUUGCUGGCUACAACGCGUUCCGUCAGUUUUGCGGUCAAGCAAGGGCCACACGCUGGGAAGAUUUUGGUUACCUCCGAGGUCCAGCGGACAUUCAACUUUUAAGCAACUUGUAUCGCACGGUUGACGAUGUGGAUCUAACUGUGGCCGAGUUCUUUGAACAACAUGUUCCAGGGGCUCAGGCUGGUCCAACAUAUCACUGCAUUCUGAUGGAGCAGUUCCUCCGGACACGUCGUGGCGAUCGAUUCUUUUUUGAAAACGAAAUGACGGCUGGAGCCUUUACGUUUCCACAGCUGAACGAAAUUCGGAAGGCUAGCAUGGCGCGAAUAUUGUGCGAUAGUACUCCUGGUGUUACACAAAUGCAACGUCGCGCAUUCCAGCAGGUCGCAGUCGAUGUCAAUCCCUUAGAACCAUGUAACUCCCUUCCGACUCUAGAUGCGCGCUUGUUUUAA